AUGGAGAUUCGACAAGCUCUUUUGAUACCUGAGAGGCGGACAGCGGUGGGGAGCACAGACGCGACGCUGGUAACGAAACGAAUUGUAUUGCACAGUGAGAAGCAAGGGCAGCGUGAGCGAUGCAAAGGCACGCUCUCGGGACUGUGGGAGAGCUGGGGAUUGAGGGAAGAAUGGCGCAAAAUUGGUGAGAGAACGGAUCGAUUCUUGGGCAAGUAUGAUGUCGACUUCAAGUCGAGCGCAAAUCUGGGACCGACAGCCUCCAACCCCAAGGCACAAAAGACGGUCUGCUGGGGGUGGGCGGGCUUGGGCGGGCCAGACGCAGGAGGCUAA